ACUUGUUUGUGCUCGCAGCCCCAUUUGAAGUCAGAGGUCCCCUCAACAAAUACAUAGAAAUUAUGGUGUCCUUCCAACCAUAAAAAUCCAGUAACAAAUUAGAUCUCCCAGCUUCAUUCUUUUAUCAGUUUGCAAACCAGCAAAGAAAGUUAUGGCCUUUGGAAAGGAGGACCUUGAUUUGGUGUUGGUCCCAAGUGGAUUGCUGAUCAUGUUUGUCUAUCACAUCAUCCUUCUCUACAGAUAUCUUCAUCUCCCUCACACCACAGUCAUUGGCUUUGAGAACAAUGACAAAAGAGCUUGGGUUGAAAGAAUUAUGCAGGUUGAUAAAAGAGAUAUUGGAACAGCCCUCAGUGUGAUCUCAUCCAACACAUCAGCAGCAACUUUUUUGUGUUCCAUCUCCUUAACUCUCAGUUCUCUCAUUGGAGCUUGGCUUGGAAGUAGUUCCAGCUAUCAAGUCUUUACAAGCGAAUUAAUCUACGGCAACGUCAACCCCUCAAUUCUUACCAUCAAGUACAUAAGCCUCUUAACUUGUUUUCUUCUAGCCUUUGCAUGCUUUGUUCAAUCAGCAAGGCACUUUGUUCAUGCAAACUAUCUGAUAAGCACACCAGACAGUAAUAUUCCGGCUUGGUACGUGGAGCUGGCAGUUAUAAGAGGGGGUGAUUUCUGGUCACUUGGGCUUAGAGCACUCUAUUUUGCUCUGACUCUGCUUCUGUGGUUUUUUGGUCCAAUACCAAUGUUUAUGUCCUCCAUCGUUUUGGUCAUACUCCUCCAUUACAUGGACAAAAACACCAGACCUUUGCAUGACCACCAGCUUCCGGGAAGGCAGCUGGUUAAAAAGGUUGGUCAGAGAUUCACAGAGGUGGCUGUGAACAUUCAUCAGCAUACAGAAACAGUUGAAACUACUGUCUAAUUAUUAAUUUGUUGGAUUGGAAGCACCAAAUUUUUUAUAUGUAAAAUUGUAAAUGGAAUUACGUAUGCAUCUUAAUUUGGAGUUGUUGGACGGUAGGUAGCCCAGAGAAAUGUAAUUUGAUUGAAAAAACGAAUGUAAUAGAGUUUCAAAAGGCUAGAAAUUAGAAGAUUUUCAUUUUUUUCA